AUGUCAUCUUUAAAAGUUUUGACGUUGGGGAAUAACCCAAAUAUUGUAUUAUAUACUGCAAGAUUCCAAUUAGCUAACAGUGUAGAACUAUAUCAUGUAAGUGACUCCAUAUCAAACACUUUCCAGAUUGAAACCAUACAUUAUGGAAUCGAUAACUUUAAGUUACAAAACCAUUUCAAUUCAUUAGAACAACUAAUGAAUCAUUUCCAAACAAAUGAGGAUUCAUCGGUAUUGGAUUUGAUCAUAAUGAGUGCAUCAUCAUUACAAGAAUUAUCAACAUCUUCCGCUCAAUUAAAACCAUUGAUCAACUCUAACACAAAAAUCUUCUUAGAGAGUAGUGGAUUCAUUCAAUUAGAACCAUUCAUGAAACUAUCAAUGAAUUCCCCUCAAUCGAAAAUCUUUAGUUUGAUUUCAAAUUAUGACAUUCGUGAAAUAUCUCCAAAUCAUUACAAGCAAUUUCAAACCAACAAUAAUAAGUCAUCAUCAUCAUCAUCGUAUACAAUCUAUUUAGGUGAUAGUACUACCACUUCAGAUCAAAAUAAUAAUACGAAAUAUACCAAAAAUAUUUCAGGAUUAUUACAAACAUUCCAAAGAUUAUUCCAAAAAUUAUUCCCAAGAGAUCAAAUAGAUCUUUGUAAUUUAAAUUCUAUGGACUUCCUUAAACAACAAUGGAUCAUGGCAAUCCCCAAGAUUUGUUUCGAUCCAUUAUUAAUCAUGUUAGAAGAAACAAACCCAACUGAUUUAAAUAAUCAAAUUCUAGCUAAACCAUUGAUCUCAGGUUUAGUCACUGAAACUUUAACUGUAAUGAAAAAUAUGAACAUUAAUUUAAAAUCAGAAAAUUUAGAAAAUGAAGAUGAUUUAUUAAAGUAUUGGAAUUCAUUAUAUUCUCCUACUCAAACAAAAAAGGAUGAUAAAAACGAAAUGAUGAUGCCAAGUUUAUUGUAUCAUUUCAUUCAUAAGACUGCUCCGUUGGAUAUAGAUUUGAUCCUUUUACAAAUUAUAUUAUUGGCUGAUGAUCAUCAAGUUAAGACCCCUUAUUUGGAAUUCUUAUAUUCUAUCCUAAUUCAAUUACAAAAUUUAAAUAAUGGGAAAUCAAAAUGGUUUAUUAGGAAAGAUGAACAACAACAACAACAACAACAACAACAACAACAACAACAACAACAACAACAACAACAGCAAAACGUAAAGUUGAACGAAGAAGAAAAUAACAAUAAGAGUAUUAUUGAAAAACUAAAUGAAAAGAUUUCAACUUUGAAAAAUUCAAAUGAUGAUUUAUUGCAUAGUUUGGAAAAUUUUAAAUUGGAAAAUAAUAAUUUGAAAAAUCAAUUAAAUUCAUCAAAUAAGGAACUAUCAUCAAAGGAAAAGCAAUAUCAAAAUCAAAUUAAUGAUUUACAGGACAAAUUACAAGGUUUAGGAAAAGCUAACAUUCAACAGGAACAUUCAAACCGUACUACUCCUUCGAUUAAUAAUAAUAAAAUACAAGAUAUUCAAAAACAACAAGAAUUGGAAGAUAAUUAUAAUUCUACAGGAACUCCUAAUUUGAAAGAUUUACAAGAUUUUGCAAUGAUGAAUGUUAACUACGGAGAAUCACCAAUUAAACAAAAUCAAAAUCAACCUCAGCAGAGCGUAGGUGUAAAUGCAUCCAACAACUCAUCUUCCUCAUCGGGAAACUACCAACCGAACGAUAUGAAUAACACAAACAAUAAUAAUAGUAAUAAUGAAUUGGAUACUGAUACAUCGCUAAAGGAACGCGAAUUAGAAUUACGAAGAAAAGAAUUAGAAUUACAAGAACGUGAAUUGGAAAUUCAAAAGAGAGCACUUCAACAACAGCAACAACAGAGAUAUUCAUCCAAGCAAUAUAAUGUGAAUAAUGUAAUGCCACCGCAACAAAUGAUGAUCAAUGGACAUAAUAGAAGACCAUCUUAUCCUCAACAACAACAACAGCAAUUACAACAACCUAUGAAUAUGCGUCCAAAUAGAGGAAUGCAUGGAGCUGCUCCAACUGCCCCACCCUCAGCAAGUAAUUUCAUUGAUCCAAUUUCUUCAGGUAGAUCCUAUAGUAAUGGAAAUAAUAUCUCAACAUAUAGUGGUGGUGUAGGACCUUCAAGAAAUGGUAAUCCGAUGAUGAUGCAACAAAAUGGAUUCCCAAUCAAACCAACAAGUAGGAAAAAUAGAAAUAGUAAUAUGCCAAAUCUUGGCCAUGCUUCAACAAUGGGUUUCAAUAAUAAAAAUAAUAAUUUUAAUAGACCACCUAAUCAACAAUCACUUCCAUCAUCCGCUGCAAAUAGUCAAAGUCGUUUGAAUUCAAUGUCAAGUCAUUCCAUCCCUGCUUUCCAAAACUCAAACAACAACAUGAAUCCAAGAUUCCCACAACAACAAGAUCAACAAAUGAUGAUGGCUAAUUCGGCAUCAAGAAUGAGCAUGCCAUUAUCUUCAAAACCAAGUAAUUUGACCAUGAAUGGACAACAGCCCCAACAACAACAAAGACAAUUCAGCUCAAGUACAGCUAUAGAACAUAGCCAAAGUAAUCCAAAUAUGUCAACAAAUUCAGUAUUACAUAACAAUUUUCCAUAUCAACCUCCCGCUAACAACUUAAAUACCAAUAAUGGUAAUAACGAGGACAACAACAACACUGCAGGACCAAGUACUCCAGUCAUGCCACAGCACGUUCCACAAAUCAAUAUACAUCAAGCAUCACCUGCUCCUACCUCGUCUACACAAGAUACAAAUACCACUCAAAUGACAGAAGAAAGCGCCCCCGGUGACAAUAAUGAUGAUAAUGGUGGUAAAAAGAAGAAGAAAAGUAGAUUUGGAUUAUUUAAAAAGAAAAAUAAAAAGUAG